CUGACGUCCAAUCAUAUUCAAUACGAAGUCAUGGACGUUGCUCAGAGUGAACAAGCCCUGCAACACAUGAGACGCCAGAGCAGUGUUGUUGGUGGAAGAGUCAAGCCUUUACCCCAAGUGUUUGUAGGAGGCGACUAUCGUGGGCAAUUGGAAGAUGUGACACGGGCCGUUGAUGACAACCAACUCAGUCAAUUGCUCCGUCCUCGUACCCGGGACAUCGGCAGAACCAAGAUUGCAACUCCAGUGGCAACUGCUAGCACAAUCGGACUUGUAUCUCCACCAAAGACUCCAGUUCCACGUUCUGCAGAACGAUCGAAGACCUUGAUUGAUGAAGACGAUGAUGCAUUGCUAAAGGCAAUAGAACUUGAACUCGGAGACACUGAUUUCUCUACACUAGACCUUAAUUUCUAAAAAACCAAAAAAAAGGGGGGGGAGAGAAGGAGCCAGCAGAAAGGAGGAUAAGGAGGAGUAGGAGGAGUACGAGUACGAGUACGAGUAAGAGGAGAAUAUAAGAAGGAGAUUUGAUAAUGAAGUAGUAUUAAUACAAAGGAAGAAUAAAGAAAGAAAGAAGAAAGAAGAAAGAAAGAAGAAAGAAAGAAAGGAGUGAAGGAAAGAAAGAAAAAACAAUAAUAAUAAAGCAAGUUGGAGGAGUCGACCUUUUUCCUUUUCUUCUUUUUUCUUCCUUCUUAUCUUCUCUCUGUUAUAACUUUCUG